AUGACCAACUGGAUCCUAGGAGAAAAGUUCACCGAAAAGUAUUCCCACUUGAGCGGCGUGAAGGCACUCUGGGAAACAAAAUGGAAAUUCCCAGCUACAAAGGGUGUCUAUCCUUUCCAUGACGGCAAAUACGAAGACUUUGCUCCCAUCUUCGAAAAGCUUAUUGCCGACAACGUCAACGACGGCUACUCAGACAAAUACACUGAAUACUUCCUUCCAACUGCUGAGAGACUCACCGACGAAGCGCUUUCUGCUCAGGGCUCAGACCGUGCCAAGGCUGCUGACCUCUUCAAGCGAGCUUGUGCUGUGUAUCGAAUUUCUCGUUUCCCAUCGGUCGAUGCCGGGUCUGGUCUCAAGCGAAAGAUAUAUGAAACGCAGAAACAGGUCUACCUUAGGGGAGCAAGUCUUUGGGAUACACCAUUGAAGGAAGUCAUCAUCCCGCACACGGCGGCAGAAGGGGAAGAUGAGAAGGAAAUUCCUUUGUAUGUCAGGCUUCCAGCUGGAGCCAGUAAAGACAAGAAGGUACCAGUAGUCUUGCUCAUUACUGGCCUUGACGGUCACCGGCCUGACAACUCUGCGCGAACCGACGAGUUCACAGCUCGUGGCUGGGCAACUGUGAUUACCGAAAUCCCCGGUACUGCAGACUGCCCUGCUGCACGAAGAGACCCCAAAUCUCCCGACCGGUUGUUCACUGCUAUCUUGGACUGGAUCAAUCGGCAGCCCAAUUUCGAUUCUCAAAAGAUAUUGGCGUGGGGUCUGUCGGCUGGUGGCUACUAUGCAAUUCGGGUUGCGCAUACUCACCACACAAGACUUCUAGGAAGUAUUGGUCAAGGUGCCGGAACGCAUCUAUUUCUGUCUAGGGAAUGGCUCGACCAAGUCGAUAACCAUGAAUAUCCUUUCAUCCUCAGCCACGCUUACGUUCUGAAGUAUGGCUACAAAGACUGGGAAGACCUCAAGCAAAACGCGCAAAAGGAUUUCAGCCUGGUUGAAAGUGGCAUUGUAGAUGGACCUUCUUGCCGGCUACUCCUGGUAAACGGCACUUGGGACGGUCUGAUGCCGAUUGAGGACAGCAUUCUUUUGUUUAGCCAUGGUCGACCGAAGGAGGCUCGGUUCUACGAAAAGAUGCUCCACAUGGGUUAUCCACCGGCCAAUGAAAGUAUCUAUCCUUGGAUGGAGUCGGUCAUGGCAACAGCCUCUUGA